AUCAAAGGAGACCGGCUGAUUCUACUCCCCCUCCUGCCACUUCAGUAUCAGAAAUAUUUACAUCAAGAUGAACAGGAAGCUCCACUUGAUUCCUCUUUUUUCCAUCAAUAGCGACCGCUGGCGCAAGCCCAUCUACAACGUUGUGGGCGUCACCUCGGGCCUAGCGGUGCUGGGAAUUCGCUUCGACAAAGGUGUCAUGAUGGCCACGGACACCCUUGUGUCCUAUGGCUCCGAGAAGGCCUUCCAGGAAUCUCAGCGUAUGUUUAAGAUGAAUGAGAACAUUGUGUUCGGCGGCAGCGGCGACUAUGCCGACUUCAUAAUCGCCAAGACCCACAUCGAGACCAUGAUCAUCCAGGACUUUUGCUUCGGGCAGCCCAAUCUACUCAAGCCCAGCAUGCUGACCCACUGGCUGAGUACCGAGCUCUACAACCGGCGGGUGGCUGGGCAGCCGCUCAGCUUCGACUCGGUAGUGGGCGGAAUCCAGCACGACGGAACGCCGUACCUGGCCACCAUAACCCGUUACGGAGGCUUCUAUGCGGAUUUCGUGGCGGCCACUGGGCCGGCCCGCAUGGGUAUACCAAUGAUUUGCUAUCGCAAGCCGAACGACAGAGAGUUCACCGCCAUGGAGGCUGCCAAGUUGAUCGAGGACGUCAUGGCGGUGGUGUUCUACCGGCACACUAGUGCCCUGGAAAGCUACCUGGUGGGGAUAUGCAAGCGCGGCAAGUGCAGCGUGGAGGGACCAUUCAAGAUCAGAAAUCACUGGGAAUUUGCAGCCACCAUUUCCGGCUACUAACUUUUACUACUAUUUCUAUCCUUGAUUUGCCAAUUGUGGUGGCUUACACACAAAACACAAGUCAUAUUUUAUACAAAUCCUUAUUUCUAAACAAAAAUCAAUUCAAAACUUGAUACUGGUUUACUCGAUCUUUUUUUUGUUUAUAAUAAAAACGUUGAGUGAUUGAUGGCAACGAUA